CAAACACGGGCGAGCAGAUGGAUUUCAUGUAUUGUGAGGUAGAGAAAGCUGGUGUUGAUAGAGAGAUGGAUUGUUCCUCUUCCUCGGGGUGAAUGGAAUAUCGGCGUGCGCUGAGCGUGCACGGUUACUGUAGGAGGAGUGCUGCAGCUGAGGGCGGUCAUUCUAAUCAUCGUUGCGAUCUGCUCUGUUUCUUUUAAAGAGGAAUACCAUGCCACAGCCGUCAAGCAAUGAAAAACUACCGGUUGUCAACAACUUCCUGGAGACGGCUCAGGACACGAUGAGGGGUCUGUACUUCGCUGACGGGAAGCGGAAGGUGGACUAUGUGCUGGUUUACCACUACAGGAGACGCUCGUCCCUGCACGGCUCCCCCGGUCAGCAGCACAGGCUCUCCAUCAUCUCCAACGGCAGCUUCCACAUCCCGCUCCCCAUGGUGAAGGACACACCGAGGCCGCGGGGGGAGCAGGAGGUGGCGGUGGACAUGGGGCCGUGCGACCCCGCGGACGGGGAGAAGAUCAUGAUCAGGGAGGAGUUUGAGUCUAGCCUGGUGGAGGCUGGGCUGGAGAUUGAACGGGACAGAGAGCACAAGGCCCACGGACUGAGUUUCCUGCGCCUGCAUGCUCCCUGGCCCGUCCUCUGCAGAGAAGCCGAGUUCCUGAAGAUCAAAGUGCCCACAAAGAAGAGUUACGAGCUGAAGGAGGAGAAGGGGUUCUCGGGCACCAUGAGCGCAGUAUGGCGGAAACUCAACCAGCCCUUCCAGCCCAAAGUGCCACACCUCCACAACCAGAGCCGCACCAAGUUCCUGUCCCACUCCUUCUCCCGAGACAAGCUGCACCUGUACAAUAUCAAAAACAGGGACACGUUCUUUGACAACACAACACGAAGUCGAAUAGUGUACGAGAUACUGAGGCGCACCGCCUGCACGCGGACCUGCCAAACCAUGGGUAUAAGCACUUUGAUCGCCAAAGGCGUCUAUGACUCUGCCUUCCCUCUACAUGAUGGUGACUUUAAGAGCACUGGUGAGGCAGAGGCAGAGAAAAAUGACAGACAGCUCCUGCAUGAUGAAUGGGCUCGAUAUGGAGCCUUUUACAAGUACCAGCCUGUCGAUCUCAUCAGGAAGUAUUUUGGGGAGAAGAUUGGCCUGUACUUUGCCUGGCUGGGUGUCUAUACUCAGCUGCUCAUCCCAGCCUCUGUGGUGGGUGUCAUUGUCUUCUUCUACGGAUGCGCCACUGUGGACAGCAACGUGCCCAGCAUGGAGAUGUGUGACGAGCGGCAGAACUUCACCAUGUGUCCGCUGUGUGACGGAGCGUGCGACUAUUGGCACCUCAGCACGGCAUGUGGCACCGCCCGGGCCAGCCACCUCUUCGACAACCCUGCCACCGUCUUCUUCGCCAUCUUCAUGUCCCUCUGGGCUGCCAUGUUCCUGGAGCACUGGAAGCGCAGGCAGAUCAGCCUGAACUACAGCUGGGACCUCACCGGGAUGGAAGAAGAGGAGGAGCAUCCACGACCCAAAUAUGAAACCCUCCUCCUUCAGAAGAGACAGAGGAAGAGGAGAGCAAAAAAGAAGAGCAAAUCAGAGCCAGGAAAUGAGAAGCUGACAUGGAAAGACCGGAUGCCUGGAUACAUAAUCAACAUCUCCUCCAUCUUAUUCAUGUUUGGCCUGACGUUCUCAGCUGUGUUUGGCGUCAUCAUCUACCGGAUCACCACCUCAGCCCUGCUGGCCAUGAGUCCCGACCCAGAGCUCAAGCACAACGUGCGCGUGACCGUCACUGCGACCGCCGUCAUCAUCAACCUGGUGGUCAUCCUGAUCCUGGACGAGAUCUACGGCAACGUGGCGGUGUGGCUGACCGAGCUCGAGAUCCCCAAAACGGAGUCAGAUUUUGAGGAGCGUCUGAUCCUGAAGGCUUUUCUCCUGAAGUUCAUGAACGCAUAUGCACCAAUCUUCUAUGUGGCCUUUUUCAAGGGAAGGUUUGCCGGCCGACCGGGGGACUAUGUCUAUGUCUUUAAUGACUACCGUAUGGAGGAGUGUGCUCCUGGAGGCUGUCUGAUUGAGCUCUGCAUUCAGCUCAGCAUCAUCAUGUUGGGGAAGCAGCUGAUUCAGAACAACAUCUUUGAGAUAGGCAUCCCGAAGCUGAAGAAGCUGUAUCGGUCCCUGAAGGAUAAAGACUCCGCCCCAGAGGAGACAGAUGAACAGGCCCAGCGCUGGCACCUGGACUAUAGGCUGGAGCCCUUCCAGGGCCUCACCCCUGAGUACAUGGAGAUGAUUAUUCAGUUCGGGUUUGUGUCCCUCUUUGUGGCCUCGUUCCCCCUGGCUCCGCUCUUUGCUCUGUUGAACAACGUCAUUGAGAUCCGCCUUGACGCCAAGAAAUUCAUCACUGAGUUGCGGCGACCAGAUGCUGUCCGAGCCAAAGACAUUGGGAUCUGGUACAAUAUUCUUAGCGGGAUGGGCAAGUUCUCCGUCAUCAUCAAUGCCUUUGUGAUCUCCUUCACCUCAGACUUCAUCCCUCGCCUCGUCUACCUCUACAUGUACAGCGAAACGGGCACCAUGCACGGCUUCAUCGACCACACCCUCUCCUACUUCAACGUCAGCAACUUCAAGCCAGGCACCGCCCCCGACUUCUCCCAGGCGGACAAGGAGGUUCUCGUGUGCAGGUACAAAGACUACAGAGAGCCGCCCUGGUCCCAGCAAGCCUACCAGUUCUCCAAGCAGUACUGGGCCGUCCUGGCAGCUCGACUCGGUUUCGUCAUCCUGUUCCAGAACCUGGUGAUGUUCCUGAGCAUGCUGGUGGACUGGCUGAUCCCGGACGUGCCCAAAGACAUCAGCGAGCAGCUGAAGAGAGAGAAGACCAUGCUGGUGGACGUCUUCCUGCGUGAGGAGAAGGAGAAGCUCCAGCUCAUCCAGAACCUGUUCCUCAAAGACCCGACGGACCAGAGCCGGGCGCCGAGCCAGGGCCCGGCUCAGCCUCUGCAGCAGCAACCCGGGGACACUGCGCCUCGACCCCGCUGCCGCGCCGCCAGCUUCAGCCAGUUCAGCCGGCAGCCGUCGCCCGUGCAGCCAGUGAAGCACACGGAGGUGUGAGCCAGGAGUGCAGCCACACCCGGCGGGGCUGUGUGAGGGACACGUGUUCUGGAGGCCCGGGUAGGCCCGUUGGACUGGGUCGGGGCGCCGUGAGGUCCAGUGUUUUGUUCAUGUCACGCUGUGUAUGUGCGAGUUUAUGUACAGAGCCACACGGUCAGGUCUUCUAAUGUUCUUUUUUUUCCCCUUCCUUUUCCUCCAUGUCUUCUGCUGAGUCAUUUUAAGUCUGGCUGCAACAGGACGUGUUGCACAAAUCCUUCCGCCCUCAUGACAAGAACCUGAAGCAGGGAGCUGAAAGAGGGAGGUGACAGAGUGAGUUAACAGAGGGAACUAACAGAGGGAGGGGCACGGGAGAAAGGGAGGGAUGGAGGAGGUGAGGAUACAUGGCAUCUGACAUCUUAGAGUUAAGGAAUGGAAAUGGGAAAAGGGUUUUGUUGCCCACACUGAAAGAUGUGUUCUACUGACUGGACUGUUCUGUUGUGUACGUUGGACUAAACAAACAGAUGACAGCAUAACUGAGCAAUACUUUCCAUCCUCUCAGGUAACUCCAUCACCUUAGAUUUGUA